GAGCAAGCGAGCUGGGAGAUGGCCGUGGGUUGUGGGUGAGGCGAAGGUGCCAUCACAGGUGGACUGCUGGAUCAAUGUUGUUCAAGAACGUGGUCAGGUUCCAGUGUGGCAGUGGCUUGUGGAGCGUGGUGCAGCAAGGCACAGAUGGGCGCUGCAAGGCUCAGAGGGGCUGCGAGGCGUGGAGUGGCGCUGCAAGGUGCAGAGGGGUGCUGCGAGGCGCAGAGGGGCGCUGUGA